GACGCGGACCCCGCGCAGCGUGGGGACAUGUGACCGACUGCAGAGGCCGCGCUGCUGCGCAGGACGCGGUGAGGCGCGCGCGGAGGCCCGGGAGCACCACCCGGGAGCACUACAGGGCGCGUGAACAGACGCGUGGCCGCAAGGCCUGGGCGGGGUCUCCUCAGGGUCCCCAGCUUUGCGUAGAAACGAAACUGAAAGAGGGGCCCGAGGGAGGCGGAGCUGCAGCGACGCCACCCAGGCUUGCGAGGCCCGGACCCAGGCGCGGCCAGGUGUGCUCCGGCCACCAUGGCUCAGGAUGGCGUGGAGUUGGAGAAGAGCGUCAGGCGUCUCCGGGAGAAGUUUCAUGGGAAAGUGUCCCCCAAGAAGGCAGGGGCUCUUAUGAGGAAGUUUGGCAGCGACCACACGGGAGUUGGGCGCUCUAUCGUGUAUGGUGUCAAGCAGAAAGACGGGCAGGAGCUGAGCAACGAUCUGGACGCUCAGGACCCACCAGAGGACAUGAAGCAAGACCAAGAUAUCCAGGCAGUAGCCACCUCUCUGUUGCCCCUGACGCAAGCCAAUCUUCGAAUGUUCCAAAGAGCCCAAGAUGACCUCAUCCCUGCCGUGGACCGACAGUUUGCCUGCUCCUCCUGUGACCAUGUAUGGUGGCGCCGUGUGCCCCAGAGGAAAGAGGUGUCACGGUGUCGCAAGUGUAGGAAGCGUUACGAACCAGUGCCACUCGACAAGAUGUGGGGCCUGGCAGAGUUCCACUGCCCAAAGUGUCGCCACAACUUCCGGGGCUGGGCACAGAUGGGGUCCCCAUCACCCUGCUACGGGUGCGGCUUCCCUGUGUACCCCACCCGGAUCCUGCCCCCACGCUGGGACCGAGACCUGGACCGUCGCAGCACACACACCCACUCCUGCUCAGCUGCAGAUUGCUACAAUCGGAGAGAGCCCCAUGUGCCUGGGACCUCCUGUGCCCACCCCAAGAGCCGUAAGCAGAACCACCUCCCCAAAGUGCUGCACCCGAGCAACCCCCACAUCAGCAGCGGCUCCACGGUGGCUACGUGCCUGAGCCAAGGAGGCCUCGUGGAUGACCUGGACCACCUCAUCUUGGAGGACCUGAAAGAGGAGGAGGAGGAAGAGGAGGAAGAGGAGGACGGUGGGCCCCGAGAGUGACCCUGGCUAGGUGCACACAGGAAGACAGACACAGUGUGUGGCCACCUCGUGUUGCUAUAAGAUACCAGCUGAAGGAGAUAGGAACACCCUUGGGGAUACUCAUGGGACAGUCACAAGCGCACAAGCCGGGUCAACAUAACAGCUUUCUUCAGAGAGUACGCCCCACCACGGAACUCGGCCCAGUAGACCCCGUCCUGGUAUCGGCUCCGGUAAUGACCUCCAUGAUACCAUACUCCAUUGAGGUUAGAGUGGGCACAGGCAUGGUACCACCAGCCCCCACGAUGGUACAGGGCACAGUUACCUGAGGGAGAGGAAUUGAGAGAGAGAGAGAGAGAGUUCAAUUUUUUUCACCAAAAUAAAAGUCUCUACCAGCACUUCUUUGUGCAAAGCUUUUGCAAGCAUUCCUCAACCUUCCCUAUCUUAUUGAAUAGAAGCCCUGCUACUCCAUCUCUUCACCAAAAUAAAAGGCUCUGGCUUCUCACUUUCUUCUUCA